CUUUUCUUGUGUACCAAUUUUCCCUUCAACAGAAUUAUUGACUAAGGAAAAAACCCAAAUAUUUGACUUUCUCCCAAUAUUAUAGGAGAAGGCAAUUUGCCGGAGGCCAACAGUCAUAAACCACCUUUGCGCGGCUGCCUGCCCUAGAACCUUCUUCUUCUUCUCUCAAGGGUUUUUCCGCUUUCUCUCUCCUCUUUCUGGAGGAAAAGAAGUGGUAAAAAGCAAGAAAAGGAAUGGUGGAAUCUGAAGAAACCCACAUCAAUAAUAAGCCAUGGAUGAGGUCCGAGGAAUCAUGUGGAGAUAAGAACGAGUUUUUGAGUGAAGAAAUUAAUACCAUUCUCAUGUCUGAACCUGUGAUUAAUGAUGUGUUAUUGAAUUCACAAUCUCAAAAUCAGUCUCAACCUCUGAAGAAGAAAUGGUCAAGUGAUUCAUGUUCUUAUAAUUUAGCAGCAAAUGCACUUUCUGCUGCUGGUGCUGCCUUCCUCUCUGCUGUCAUUGUUAAUCCUCUUGAUGUUGCCAAGACAAGGUUGCAAGCACAAGCUGCAGGAGCUCAAUAUGCACAUCCGUUAAGUAACUCCCUUAGUCGUAUGGCAGUUUUUGGACCAAAUAUGCUGUUUGCAGAUUUAAGGUGUUCCCCUUCAUGUGCAAGAGGUGGUAUUCAGGGAACAGUAUCAAUGUGUCCACCUGAUUGUUUUCAGUACAAAGGAACACUGGAUGUUAUGUAUAAAAUUGCCAGACAGGAAGGGAUUACAAGACUAUGGAGAGGAACAAAUGCUGGUUUAGCACUGGCUAUUCCAAUGGUAGGGAUAUAUCUCCCCUUUUAUGAUGUAUUCCGCGUACGCAUGGAAGAAUUUGCAGCUGAAAAUGCUCCAAGUUUAGGGCCAUAUGUCCCAUUUGUCGCCGGUGCUUUGGCACGAUCGUUAGCUUGUACCACAUGCUAUCCAAUUGAACUUGCUAGAACUCGGAUGCAGGCAUUCAAAGAGACUGGAAAGAAGCCUCCUGGUGUAUUGAGGACCCUAAUUGGGAUAGUUUCGCAUGCCAAAAGUACAACCACUUUUCAAAGCAAUUUGCAUAGUUACCGUGUUCUCUGGACCGGCCUUGGAGCACAACUUGCUCGUGAUGUUCCCUUUUCCGCAAUCUGCUGGUCAACCCUUGAACCUAUGAGGAGGAAACUUAGUGCUCUAAGGGGAGAUGAAGCAAGUGCAAUCACUAUUUUGGGUUCAAAUUUUGCUGCUGGAUUUGUAGCUGGAAGCUUAGCUGCUGGUGCUACAUGCCCUUUGGAUGUGGCUAGAACACGCAGACAAAUAGAGAAAGAUCCUGUCAAGGCACUCAGGAUGACCACGCGGCAGACUCUAAUAGAGAUCUGGAGGGAUGGAGGAAUGAGGGGACUCUUUGCAGGUGCUAGCCCUCGAAUUGCUCGUGCAGGACCUUCUGUCGGGAUUGUGGUUUCCUUCUACGAAGUUGUAAAAUACGUUGUCAGUACUAGGUUAACUUAAUUUUGCAAUUAACAACAGAACUAGGUUUUAGAAUGAAGAAUGCAGUUUUUUGGAGAUUUACAGUCUUGUCUUCAAAGUUAUAUAAAUAAUACCAGAUCAAGAAGUUCGGACCUUGAAAUGUAACCACUUCGAGGUCGGUUUAGCACAGGAUUAAUUAGAGUUAUGUCAGGUUCACUUAAUACAGUUAAUUAGGGUCUGUUUCUCAAAGAUGAGCAACAAAUUUUGUUCGAGUACAGUGUUUCAGAGAAAUGAAAUGUUUUUGCUGAGAGAUUCUCAGUUUUGCCUGUA